AUGGCGUCUCCAGCCGUUCGCAAAGCUAUCUCAGACGCGGCCUUGCAGUAUGCAAAGCCAGAGGGCAAGAUCUUCCAAUAUGGCACGGCGGGCUUCCGUAUGAGAGCUGACCUCCUCAACACUGUUGUUUAUGCUGUAGGCUUGCUUGCAACACUUCGCUCCAAGAAGUUGAGCGGACAAUGGAUUGGCGUCAUGGUCACUGCGAGCCACAAUCCUGCCGAGGACAACGGUGUCAAACUGGUGGACCCAAUGGGUGAAAUGUUGGAAGCUGAAUGGGAAGCAUACGCCACAAAACUCGCGAAUGCUCCGCUGGAAAACAUCGGUGAUGUUUACGACGAAUUGGUUAAGGAGAUCGAUGUCAGCAUGGAGAACCCUGCUCGUGUUGUUUUCGCUCGGGAUACUCGUGCAUCCGGUUCGCGACUCGUCGGCGUCCUCAGUGCUGCGCUCACUGCCACGGAGGCCGAGUUCAUCGAUAUGAAGUAUAUGACCACUCCCCAGCUGCAUUACGUCGUCCGAUGCAAGAACACUCUGGGAACGCAAUACGAGUAUGGUGAGCCUACUGAGCAAGGAUAUUACGAAAAGCUUGCCGCAGCUUUCAAGAGGGUCAUGAGAGGCGUCAAGGUUAAGGGCUCUUUGACUGUUGAUUGUGCAAACGGUGUCGGUGGACCUAAGCUGAGGGAACUCAUUAAAUAUCUGCCCGAGGACACUGGUCUCGACAUCAAGAUUGUGAACGACGAUGUCAUCAAUCCUGACAGUCUCAACUUCGAAUGCGGCGCCGAUUAUGUCAAGACCAAGCAGCGUGCCCCGCCAUCAUCCAAGGCUUCUGUUCUCGAUCGAUGCGCCUCUCUGGAUGGUGAUGCCGAUCGUAUUGUCUACUAUUUCCUUGACGAAGGCAAUGUAUUUAGGCUAUUGGACGGUGACCGCAUUGCCACUCUUGCCGCUUCCUUCAUUGGUGACCUCGCCCGCAGCGCCGGGAUUGCUCAGAAGCUCAAGAUCGGCGUCGUUCAGACUGCUUAUGCCAACGGAUCGAGCACCGAGUACAUAGAGAAAGUUCUCAAACUCCCAUCUGUUUGCACCAACACUGGUGUGAAACAUCUCCACCAUGCCGCCCUCCGGUUCGAUGUUGGCGUCUACUUCGAAGCUAAUGGACACGGCACUAUCACUUUCUCAGAGAAUGCUUUGAAGACCAUUAAGAAUACGGAGCCGCAGUCUCCGGCCCAGCAGCGUUCGCUAGAGUGCCUGCAAGCUCUUACUGAUUUGAUUAACCAAGCGGUUGGCGACGCCAUCUCUGACAUGCUCCUCGUCGAAGCUAUUCUUGCUCACAAAGGGUGGACCCCUAAGGAAUGGCUUGCCACAUAUACCGAUCUCCCCUCACGGCUUGUGCGUGUGGAGGUUGCUGAUCGAUCAAUCUUCAAGGCCUACGACGCCGAGCGAAAGCUCGAAUCGCCCCCCGGACUCCAGGCAAAGAUUGAUUCUCUGCAGUCCCGCUACAACAAGGGACGAAGCUUCGCCCGUGCAAGUGGCACGGAAGAUGCGGUGCGUGUCUAUGCCGAGGCUGCAAGCCGAUCUGAAGCCGACGAUCUCGCUACUCGCGUUGCCAAUGCCGUUCGGGAUGCCGGCACCGUCAAAGAGAUCUUGCAGGCUUCUUAA